AUGGCGACGAGCGUCGUACUGUUGAUAUCUUCUCUGCUUGCAAUUGUUCACCUGAAGGUAGUGUGGACCGCAACACACUGGGUAGUUACCGAGGAUGGAAGAAUUCAAGCGCAGGCUGAUACAGUGUUCAAUAUGCGACGGCCAUAUGACUUGGUGGCCUUCAUGAAGCAGGAAGAAAGAGCUGUGAUGUUAGAUAAUUUGAAAAAAGAGCUUCUGAGCCGCAAAGAUGAGAUUGAUAAAAGUGAAGAUCGAGAUACUGAUCUUGAACAGAGAUUUUAUCGAUCCGAACCAGAUUGUAUUGCUGCUGGGAAACCUCUACCAGAAUUUGAUCUCUAUAUUAGCACUGUGCUACCACUAGAAAACAAAGGCAUCCGUCAAGAAGAACAUAUUGAUUUUAAAGCUGUUCAGAGUAGUAAACCUCUUCCACCUGAUUGUACUCAAGUGAUAGACCUUGACUACAGCAUUCAUGCUUUCGAGCAUCUUGAGGGUAUGAAAGAUAGAAAGAAUUUGUCAGGCACUGCUGAACUUGGUUUAAAAAAUGCCAUUCCUCAUAGAGAUAAUGUAGAUGAUUAUGGGAAUCUCAUUUAUGAAGCCAUGAAAAAAAACAAGACUUCAUGGGUACUUUUUAACAUGGCAGCUUUCUAUUGGCGAAUAAAGGGAGAUUCCUAUCAAGUAAUUGAGUGUCUACGAAGAGCAUUACAUUUUUCCCCAAGGAUGCAGAAGGAUGUAGCAUUGAUCAGUUUAGCCAAUGUUCUCCAUCGUGCACGAUACUCUAAUGAGGCAGCAAUAGUGGUUCAUGCAGCUCUUGAUGUGUCUAAAGAGCUGAAUGUUAAUCAUUUCACCCUGGGUAAUAUUUAUGCUGUUUUGGGUGAAUACAACAAGUCUGUGAUAUGUUUUGAAAAUACUCUAAAAAUUCAACCAGAAUUUGAAGCUGCAGCUAAGCGAAAACAUGCAGUUGUUUGUCAUGCUAAGCUUGAAUGUGCACUGGAAGCUCAACACAGAUCCUUGCAGCGUACAUUGAAUGAUCUCAAAGACUAUCAACGGAAACAUGAUUUUUGGCAGCAACAGAACACUAAGUUACAAACAGAACAAGUUCCUGCUGAUGUGAAACUUGUCCAGGAGCAGACAUUUGAUCAGCACAGUGCCUGGCAGGCACACCUUUCUGACUAUUGUCAAAUUAUGGAUCAUCAUGGGCAUCACAUAUUGGAAUGUAACCAAGGUAAAAAGCAGUCUCCAAAUUUUGAUUUCUCUUUCACUUUAGAAGAUCAACCAUCUUCACAAAAAACACAGGAAAAUUCUGUGUGGACUUUAGAGGAUAAAAAAGAACCAGAUUAUUCUGUGCCUAUCCAUCGUCCUCUUUACUCCAAAGAGAGUAAGGUAAAGGAUAAAAAGCAGAUGCCCUCUGAUUGGCCGUCCAAAGAAGAAUGUGAUACUUACGUCCAGAAAACGUUUGACCCACAAAAUAUGUCCACUGUUUAUUUGCCACCUGAAAAUAAAGGCUUUGAAGUGCGUGCUUUGCUUUCGGCUGCACAGAAUCUAAACUCAGGUGAUGAACAUCCUCUACCCUGGUACCCUCCAAUUUGUAUUCCUCUGUUGGAUAUAAGUGAUGGUAAUACAGCAACCUAUGAUCACAUUCGGUCAGUUGCAGACAGAGCCAGUUUUGCUUAUAAAUCACCAGAACCAUCUAUGCGACAGAUACUCCUUGAUCAUGUAAAUGAUGGAAUGGUUACAGAAGAAGAAGUUGGACAAAGAAUCCUCACAGCUUUAAAAAGGAGCCUGAGUCCUAGUUGGAUUCUCUUCAAUCUGGCUGGUCUGUACUGGCGCAUUCUGGGUAACACUUACCAUGGCAUUGAGUGUGUGAGAAGAGCUCUAUAUACAGUUCCUGAACAGUAUCGGGAUGUGCCUCUUGUCAACCUUGCUAACAUGCUCUACAAAUUAGGGCGUUAUGAUGAUGCUAUUCGUAUUGUAAAAGAUGCCCUUGCAAUUAGUAAUGUAGAGCCAUUAACUCACUACUUUUUGGGUAAUCUGCUGGUGGCCACCCACAAUUAUACUGGUGCUGUAUGGCAUUAUGAACAGGCAAUGCAGAAUCCUUUUGGAUUAAAAGAAGCUUAUAAUGCUUUGCGAAUGAUAAAAUGUCAACAAAAAUUCCAUCAGCUGGACCAAAGUGAUGCUGUUCAGGAUCUCAAUUCAGUUGAUUUUAUGAUAUCUGGCUCUUCAAGCAAUGCUCCUAAUUGUCAACAAAAAAUUGUCUACUCCAGUUCUAAUCAGCACUCAAAAAGCCGUGUUUUAUGUCAAACUGAAAAUGGUGAAGAAAAAUGCAUGCUUGAAACACAAAGUCAUUCGACAUCAUCUGAAUUCAAUGGACCUUGUUCACAAACAUGCACAAUAAUUCCUAUCAAAUUAGAAUCAUGUUCUUCUGAUGUCACACUGGAAAGCAGUGUCGGUGUUGCUACUGUAUCAGCUGUGGAAGUUGAUGGAGAACUCAGUGGCAAUGUAGCUGAGGUCAGUGAAUUUUAUGAAAGAAAGGAAUUAUGUAAACAAGAUGAAUGCAGUGAAUUCAAAGUACAGCCUCAUGUAUAA